GACGAGCCCAACCGGGCAGUGCAUCGGGAGGACAUGCACCGUGCUAGCAGCACGUCCAUCAGGUCAUCUGCUUGGCGCGCGUUGGACUUGAUGUGUUGGCACCAGACGACACUUCCUCCAUCAAUAUCGCGCGCCUUUCCCUAGCACGUCACAUUUUGUCAGCCGAACCCCAUAAGAGCCAGUCCAUGCCGAUCUAGGACCCGAGAUGCGAUAACUGCAAACCUACAAAACAAAUAUGUCUGACCCUACGCCGGUCCGCCCGGCAACUCCGGAGAUAAUAGCUGCCAUACGUGAGGCUGCCGCGCACGAGCGACUCCUUCGUGCCGCGGCCGAAGUCAAACCAACCGCAGAAGAGAGAGCAGCAGAGCUAGAGGCACGAUCCGACGGCCUUUACCUUCGCGACUUAGCAGCGCACCCGAAGCGCGAGUUCCCCCACGGGGUCUUCGACCCAGAACAACAGCGUCGGUCUCGCCAAAGGCUACGUUGGUUGCCGACCCGUUUCUUGCUCGGGCACUACCGCCCCCGUGCAUGGGGCUAUACCAUCCUGCGAGCCACAUACGCCGACAACGACGCCGCCGUAGAUGCCGCUGUCGAUGCGCUUAGUCGCUUCAUGCGUGGCGAAGCCGGGCGCGAAAAUCGUGGGGUAACAGGCGAGCUCCAGCGACUCAAGCUUAACCGCCAGCUGCCAGAGGGCAUGCCCGACACGGCCGACGAGAGGCCGGCGGAGGAGUACUUCGUCAAGCGCUUCAACACGGAGCUGGUGCAGGACAAGAGCGAGCUCGACGGCGCCAGCAUCGCCCAGAUGUGUGCCUAUUUCCGUCGCUGGGCUCUCACGCGCUGGCACAAGGAGGAGAUCUACUUCACGGCCGCGUCGCCGCGGCUCAAGUCGGCGAUCCUCUUCGACGCAGAGACGGUCGCACACCUACAAGGUCUCGCGGCGCGCGGGCUCGUUGGUGAUCGGGACGUGUAUGAAGCGGGGAAGGAGUUUUGGGUCAAGAUGGUCGAGGCGGAACCGGAGAAGCGGAAUAUGAGGCCGGGCUUGUCGGAUUGUUUCCGCGUGCCGGUCGGGUUGCUGGAGGAUUAUUGGUUCGUAAGGGAUGCGCGUCACCCGGCCACUGAGAUGAUGUGGAAGACGGACGAACGGUUUCCCGGCGAGCUGUUCUUCACUACGGGAUAGACCUCUAGCACUCCCAGAUGACCUCUAAACACCAGCCCGGAACCUAGGCGGACUUAGAUGCACAACGAGGGCCGUGGACGCCUAAGCGGUGCAGCUAUUGCGCCAACCAAACCCAAAACCCUUAAGUGGCCUUUUUAACCGCGUACAUGUAGGGUGAGCAAUAACAUGACAUAA